CUGUAGCUUCCCCGGAGGAACAGUCAUCUUCUCCGCUGACUUCACCACCGGAGAAGACAACAAAAAAUGCAUUGCGGAUGUGCUUUCGCUACACCAGCUCUGUCCCCACGUCUUCCAUUCGAAAUCAAAACCUCACUUCCGAAGCUCCGAGCUUCAUCAGCCCGAACCCAUAUCCAGAUUAACCAUCCCGAUGAUCUCACAGACAAAUCUCCGGCGAAGAUGGUUUCGUUACCGUCUCACGUGGAUUCCAUCACCAGCACUUCAAACCCUUUUGUCAAACACUGCUCGAAGCUCCGCCAAAUCGCCUCUUACCGCCACGCUCACGGCUCUGUUCUCGUCGUCGGAGCUAUCCCAAUCAGGGAAGUAUGUUUGUUCCAAACGAACAAGCAAGGAGUCGCCACUGAGAUUGACUGUCUUCUUCUCCACGAGGAAGCUCAGAUUCCACUAGGGUUAGAGAGUCUAAGUAUACGCAUUGUUCGAGUUAGUUCUUUAGUGAUGAAGAAACUCUCCGGAGUGCAGUCUGCUGAAUCUGUUGAAGCCGUUGCCUUGAUGAGAAUCCCUAGCAGCUUCAUCGAUCUGGAAGAUGAUGAUGAAGACAUGAUCAUAACAAGAGAUUGUGAGAAGUGGUUCCCUUCUGCUCACCGGGUUCUUGUUCUUGACAACAUACAGGACCCUGGGAACCUUGGCACGUUAAUCAGAUCAGCUAUGGCUUUUAAUUGGGAUGGAGCAUUUCUGCUUCCUGGUUGUUGUGAUCCAUUCAACGACAAAGCUCUGCGAGCAAGCCGAGGUGCUUCCUUUCAACUCCCAUUAGUUUCUGGUAACUGGAACCACCUUCAGCUUCUACAACGUGAGUUUCAGAUGAAGCUAUUGGCUGGUCAUCCAGCGAGUACUACUACUCAGAAACCAGUCUCCAAACUUUCCUUAGAGUUUGCUCAAUCUUUAGCAGACAAGCCUUUAUGCUUGAUCUUAGGUAGUGAAGGGCACGGUUUGUCUGAGCAAUCAAGACAAGUGUGUGAGCUUGUGAGCAUUCCCAUGGAAGGUGAGUUUGAAUCUCUUAAUGUAUCGGUUGCUGGUGGCAUUUUCUUAUUCAUGCUUCAAUGAAUAUAUAAAAAGUUGACCA